AGAGUGUGCAAGGCGAGCUAGCAGAGAGCACACAGACGAGUGCAGCAAACACACUUCUGCAUUGAAUAGUUUAAAGCUUCUUUUCCAAAUGAUAGACUGCAGUUAUAAUUGCAAUGUGUGGAUUUGCUUUAUGUGUUGGAUUUUGUGGUCAAAUGCAGACAUUGUUUCUGUUUUACCAGGAGGCGCCAUCACCAUCGUUCCUCAGUGUCCAAAUAUCCCCCUGGGGAACCGAGUGGACUGCCAUCCUAACGCCGGAGCCUCCAAGCAACUAUGUGAAGCGCGUGGCUGCUGCUGGAGCCCUCUGGAUGAGAGGAAUGUCCCCUGGUGCUUCUUCUCCUCAAAUCACGGAUACACGGUGACAUCAACGGAUCACUCCAAUCCUAAUGCAUUGAAAGCCACUCUUAAAAGGAAGACCGCUCCAUCUUUGUUUGGGGGAGAUAUUCAGGAGCUGGCUCUUCAUGCAGAAAUGCAGACACCCAAGCGCCUUCAUUUUAAGAUCUAUGACCCCCAGCAGAAGCGGUUCGAGGUCCCCCAUGAUCACAUCCGCGGGCUGAAUGCUCAGCCAUCCAGCCCCAUCAGCGACACCAUGGAGAUCACACACGACUCCUUUGGCAUUAUUGUGCGCAGGAAGGAGAACAAGAAAGUCCUGUUUGACACCACCAUGGCCCCGCUGGUGUUUGCAGAUCAGUACCUCCAGAUAUCAGCCAAGCUGCCAUCCCAUAAUAUUUACGGCCUAGGGGAGCACGUACACCAGAAUUUCCGCCAUGACACCAACUGGAGGACCUGGCCCAUUUUCACCAGAGAUGCUUUUCCCAAUGGGGGAACACACAACCUCUACGGACACUAUCCCUUCUUCCUCUGUCUGGAAGAUGAGAGCGGAAAGUCAUUCGGGGUCUUCCUCUUAAACAGCAAUGCAAUGGAGGUGACCUUGCAGCCCGCCCCAGCAGUCACCUACAGGACCAUUGGAGGAGUUCUGGACUUCUACAUCGUCUUUGGGGAUACACCAGAACAAGUGGUGCAGGAGUUCCUUGAACUCAUUGGCAGGCCUGUCAUCCCCGCCUACUGGUCACUGGGCUUCCAGCUCUCACGCUGGGACUAUGGCAGCCUGAGUGAAGUCAAAGCUACCGUGGAGAGGAACCGUGCUGUGCAGAUUCCAUAUGACAUCCAGUACACUGACAUUGACUACAUGGAGGACAAGAAGAUCUUUACCUACGAUAAAGUCAAGUUUGCUGAGCUGCCCCAGUUCGCCGACUACCUUCACGAGAAAGGACAGAGAUACAUUCUCAUCCUGGACCCUGCCGUAGCCACCAGUAAGAGGGUUGGAAACGCAUCCUAUGAAGCGUUUGACCGUGGAACAGCAGCUAAUGCCUGGGUCUUUACCGCCGAUGGGAAAACUCCUCUUUUGGGAGAGGUGUGGCCAGGAGAGACAGUUUUCCCUGACUACACCAGCCAAGCCUGCAUCGACUGGUGGGUGGAUGAGUACGAGAGGCUUUACCGCGAGAUCAAGCACGAUGCCCUCUGGAUUGACAUGAAUGAAGUUGCAAGUUUCGUGAAAGGAUCAAGCAAAGGCUGUGAGGACAACAACCUCAACUACCCUCCAUACACGCCAAGAAUCCUGGACGAGGUGAUGUUCAGUAAGACCUUGUGUAUGGAUGCCAAGCAGGCCUGGGGGAAUCACUAUGAUGUUCACAGCCUCUACGGGUACUCCAUGGUGCUGGCCACAGAGAAAGCGCUCCAGCGUGUGUUCGGAGAGAACCGGACCCUCAUGCUGACCCGCUCCUCCUUCCCAGGUGUGGGCAAGUACUCGGGUCACUGGCUCGGAGACAACGGUGCCAACUGGAAUGACAUCAAAUGGGCUAUCCCCGGCAUGCUGGAGUUUAGCCUUUUCGGAAUUCCUUAUAUCGGGGCUGACAUCUGUGGGUUCUUUGACGACAGCAGUGAGGAGCUCUGCCGCCGAUGGAUGCAAGUGGGAGCCUUCUACCCAUUCUCCCGAAACCACAACGCUCAAGGCUACCGCCCCCAGGAUCCUGCUUGGUACGGGGCCGAUUCCACCCUGGUGAGGAGCUCCAAGCACUACCUGACCAUCCGCUACACUCUGCUGCCAUAUCUGUACACGCUCUUCUACAAAGCCCACACUACAGGGGAGACGGUGGUGCGCCCCAUGAUGCACGAGUUCUACUCAGACAGCGCUACAUGGACAAUAGACAGACAGUUCCUGUGGGGAAAGGGUCUUCUUAUCACCCCUGUCCUGGACCCGGGGACAGAUACAAUUCGGGCAUACGUCCCAGAUGCAGUGUGGUACGAUUAUGAUACGAUGGAGAGAAUUACACCUCGCAGGCAGUUUGUUGACAUGUACAUCCCUGGAGACAAAAUGGGCUUGCACAUCAGAGGAGGAGCCAUUCUUCCCACACAACAGCCAGCAGUCACCACUACAUACAGUCGCACCAACCCCAUGGGCCUGAUCGUGGCUCUCGACGACAACAGCCAGGCCACAGGGGAGCUAUUCUGGGACGACGGAGACACGCGCGCAACGGUGGAAACAGGAAAAUACAUCCACUACCAGUUUUCAGUUCUCUAUAGAAUUCUCACACUUCAAGCCACCCAUGUUGGCUACACAGACCCAAACAACCUGAAAUUCGAUGACAUAACCAUCCUGGGUGUACCACUGACUCCAUCGAGCGUCACUGUCGUAAAUACUAAGACUAGUGAGGUCACUCAGGUGCCCUCUGCCAACAUCCAGCAUGACAAAACCAAGAAGGUUUUGUUCCUGCGCCGCCUGGGCCUAACACUGGGCGAGUCCUACACUGUCGAGUGGAACCAGCCAGUAGCCGAGUUCGAGCGCUUCGACUGCCAUCCUGAAGAGAACGCAGAUCAGGCUAAGUGCCAGGCCAGAGGCUGCAUCUGGGAGCCAAGCAAUCUUGACAAGGUCCCAUGGUGCUUCUAUCCUAAUGACUAUGGAUACACAUACACCAGCUUUACUCAGACAGAAUCAGGUAUGACUCUGGACAUCAGUAGGAAUACAAAGCACAGAAGCACGAACCGCGCAGGCUCACCCGACAUCAACAACCUACGAGUCGAAAUCUUCUAUCUCUCAAGUGACAUGUUGCGCUUUAAGAUUUGGGAUCCAACUACAAAACGCUAUGAAGUCCCUGUACCACUAAAUGUACCAGCUACACCUGAGACUGAUGAGAGCAAGAGGAUGUACAGGGUUGAACUCAUCAAUAAUCCAUUUGGCAUUCGAGUUAUUAGGAAGAGCACAGGAACCACCAUCUGGGACUCGUCACUGCCUGGGUUUACCUUCUCCGACCUGUUCAUCCAAGUGUCCACCAGGCUGUCGUCAGACUUUGUCUAUGGCUUUGGAGAGACAGAACACCCCACCUACAGACACAACCUCUACUACCACACCUGGGGCAUGUUCGCCAAGGACCAGCCACCGGGCUACAAGAUGAAUUGCUAUGGAGUGCAUCCCUUCUAUAUGGGCCUGGAGAACACAGCUGACGCUCACGGUGUUCUUCUUCUCAACAGUAACGCCAUGGACGUGACUUUCCAGCCCACUCCUGCUAUAACCUACCGAACACUGGGAGGCAUCCUGGACUUCUUCAUGGUUAUGGGCCCCACUCCGGAGAUGGUGGUGCAGGAGUAUACUGCGCUGAUUGGACGGCCCGUGCUGCCCGCCUAUUGGUCACUUGGCUUCCAGCUCUGUCGCUAUGGUUACGCCAACGACGCAGAGAUCAGAGAUUUGUACAAUGACAUGAAAGCGGCUAAGAUACCAUAUGAUGUGCAAUACGGUGACAUUGACUACAUGGAACGUCAGAUGGACUUCCUCUUAGAUGAAGUGAAUUUCAAAGGACUCCCAGCACUGGUCGAUUCAAUGAGAGCAGAGGGAAUGCGCUUUAUCUUCAUUCUGGAUCCAGCCAUUGCGGGCAAUGAAACUCAGCCUUAUCCUGCUUUUACCAAUGGUCUUGCUCAAGAUGUUUUUAUCAAGUGGCCAAAAGAACUCAGUAAUGACAUUGUAUGGGGAAAGGUAUGGCCAGACUUACCAAAUGUCACUGUAGAUAACUCCUUGGACUGGGACACUCAAGUUAGGUUAUUCAGAGCCUAUACAGCAUUCCCCGACUUCUUCCGCACUUCAACCGCCCAGUGGUGGCAAAAAGAAAUUAAAGAUUUUUACAAUAAUGUCAUGAAGUUUGAUGGACUCUGGAUUGACAUGAAUGAGCCUGCCAGUUUUGUCCAUGGCACAGUUGAUGGAAAUUGUCUUGGUGAUCCUCUCCUGGAGAAUCCGCCAUAUAUGCCACCUCUGGAGUCCAAACAUAUGGGCUUGAACCACAAGACCCUGUGCAUGAACAGUGAGCAGAUCCUCCCCGACGGGACACACGUCAGGCACUACGACGUGCACAACCUUUAUGGCUGGUCCCACGCCAAACCCUCCUAUGACGCCCUGCUGGCCACCACAGGUAAAAGAGGCAUCGUGGUGACCCGCUCCACCUACCCCUCCAGCGGGCAGUGGGCUGGACACUGGCUGGGAGACAACUUCGCCAGCUGGGACCAACUCUAUAAAUCCAUCAUAGGCAUGAUGGAGUUCAGUCUGUUUGGAAUCCCUUAUACUGGAGCAGACAUCUGUGGAUUCUUCAACCCCUCAGAGUAUGAACUGUGCUUGCGCUGGAUGCAGCUCGGUGCCUUCUAUCCAUACUCACGCAACCACAACGGCUUGGGCAACCCGAGACAAGACCCGGUUGCUUGGGACGAAUUCUUCGCCAACGCCUCCAGAGAUGCUCUGAACAUCCGCUACACCCUGUUACCUUACCUCUACACGCUGAUGUACGAGGCCCACACCAAGGGGAGCACCGUCAUCCGGCCCCUGCUCCACGAGUUUGUCAGUGAUAAAAAUACAUGGGAUAUCCACACACAGUUCCUAUGGGGACCAGCAUUUCUCAUAACACCAGCCUUGGACAUGGGCGUCAGAGAAGUGAGAGGAUAUGUCCCUCGUGACCGCUGGUACGAUUAUCACACGGCUAGAGACGUGGGUGUGCGAGGACAGACGGUCGUCAUGCCAACACCACUUGACCAUAUUAACCUUCAUGUCAGAGGAGGUUAUAUCUUGCCAUGGCAGAGACCAGAGCUAAACACGAAGUUGAGUCGCACAAAUCCACUUGGACUGAUCGUGGCCCUGAGUGAUUCCAACACCGCACAAGGAUCCUUCUUCUGGGACGACGGCGAGAGCAUCGACACUGCAGAGAGAAACGAGUAUCUGUUCACAUCCUUCUCGGUGCAAUCGAACAACCUGACCAACAACCCGAUUCACACUGGACUGAACCCUGCUGACCGCCUGAUGAUGGGCGUGGUGAAGAUUUGGGGAGCAGGCAGUGUGCAAAUCACCCAGGCAACGCUCACUGACUUUUCAGGAACACCGAGCCUACUCACUGUCCAGCACAACCUCGACACACAGGAGCUGAUAAUCGAUGUCACAGCUAAAAAUCAGCGAGUGGAUCAGCCCUUCUCUAUAUCAUGGAGAUCAUAGUCAAGUUUUCCACAGGGG